AAAACGUACAAUGCCACAUCAGCUUUGAAGAUGAAUUAGAGGUAAGAGAGGAAACUUUAAAAGCUAUCGAGGAAAUGACACACGAUGCUGUUUGCAGGAUUCGUUCAACUGAAGCUAAUGUCAUGGAUGGGUUGAGAGACUACACGGAAGAACUUAGAAAUCAAAUAAAAGAAUUAACAACUGAAGAAAUAAAUAGGACAAAGCUAAGUUGUUCGGUGAAUUCCAAUAAAGAAUCUGUACACAUGAAAACACAAACAGUGCCAUCUUGCCUUACAUUAACCGAUAAUUUCGUAACUGUCGCGGAGAGUUAUACUUGGUUCCAACACACAGCCGGUACUGAGCGUGAAGCAGAAUUACGAACAAACACAAAAAGUUCAGAGAUGCAAAUUAAGAUGGGUUUGAUUGAAAAAGAGAAAAGAAAAGAGAACAGACCGCACCGCUGGAAAGGAGUGAAUGACGACCUGAAGUCAUCCGAAGAAGAUCAUAGAAGAAUGAGUAGCUAUUCAAACGAUAAACAACAAAUGCAAACAAAUCUCAUUGAGCGUUACCAACAAUUCUCCAUAAAAACUGACCUCUCCCCGCUGCUGCCUGAGGUUGAGAUUGGUGUUGACCAGGUGUAUGUGCCUCCACAGCUUUAUAAAACUGAUCGUAUCGACGACUAUAAAGUUCCCGAGCACGAAUAUUACAAUAUUUACGGAGAUGUGAAAAAAUACAGAUUGAAAGCAUCAGAGUUUCUUACAAACAUAGUGAAGAAAAACAUAUUGAUAACAGCUGAUGCUGGUAUGGGGAAAACGGCACUAUGUCGUCAAAUGGUAUACGCAUGGUGUGCAGCUCAUGAAAAUAGUUUUGCAAGUCCUGAUCCUACAUCACCGUCACCCGUUACGGAAGAUUCAGAUGUAUACAGUUGGUUUAACUAUUUUCGUGAUAUAGACUUUUUAUUUUUCAUUUCACUUAAGUAUUGUUAUUAUGAAUCAACGAUAGAAGAAAUGAUCUUGAAACAACUUAUUGACGACAGAUACUCUGAUUCUUUUUACAAACUCCUCCAAUAUGAAGAAGAGAAGUGUCUAGUUAUCCUGGACGAUCUAAAUGAAUGGAUGCCACCUGUAGGUUGUCGGGAAUCUCCAACGAUAUCAAAAGGUCUUCCGUUAAGAGAAAUGAAGAGUAAAUAUGCAACAAUGUACAUCACUCGCCCAUGGAAAUUAGCGACAAUCAGGCCUAAAUCAGGUGAAUUUGACAUGAUAAUUGAGCUUGAAGGAAUUGAUACCGACUAUACAGACACACACAUAUUUCUGGUGUCACAUUACCUCAAUGAAAGAACAUGCCGUCGACGGUAUUCUGAAAAUUUUGUCGCCAGUUUGACAGAUAAAAACCUUAACCACCUGAAAAAGUAUCCUUUGCUGUCGAAAUUAUUGCUGUCUUUAUGGCACGACAAGUCGAAUCUUGAUUCUUCUCUCGCUGGAAUUUAUAGCGCAGUCGUCGAUCGUCUUAUUGGUCAAGCAUAUAGACGUGAUGUAUUGGCACAUGUUGACAAUUGUGACGAAAAAAAUGAACACUUUGGUACAUUGAUGACAAUGUUUAUAGGUAAAGAAUAUGUAAAAAGAUAUUUUGAUACUGUAGUUUUACCACUAGCCGAAUUUUCGUUUUGUUUAUAUAAAUAUAAGAGGCGUUUUUGUUACAUAUAUGAAACGACCAACCUCUGUUACUAUGGACUGACUGAAGACAAACUGAAACUGUUUGUAGAUAUUGGGAUUCUGUCAGAGAGAAUAUGUUACGGACAGAGUGUCUCGGAAAGAUGUAAGACUAUUUCGUUCGUAUAUGAGACAUUUCAAGAAUAUUUUGCUGCCGUCUACUUAAGCAUAUACCCAGACGAAAUUUCAGACUGUUGUAGCACAGCAGAAAAUAUCCUGAGAAUGAGUCUUGUUUUUCGAAUUCUAAGCGGGCUCAAUUUUAGCGCAUUGAAAACAAUUUCGAAUAGAACACUUAACAUCAUUGACAAUGACGAAAACUGUCAAGACUAUCGUUGCGGCUUAUCAUCUUACAAAGGGUUUGUUAUUGAAAUUCAACGGAUGUGGUCACGCUGUAUAAAAGAAGCCCGCCAGUGUAGAAUCAGGAUAGAGCCCCUGUCGCUAAGAGAUAUCUAUCUAGGAUAUGGAACAUCUGAAUACAUGUUAUCGGUAUGUGAUCUAGAUUUUAGAGAAAUAAGGUCGGUGUAUUUUGAUAUAAAAGUCCCAUUUUAUACACAACAACACAUUGUAUAUGCUAGUCAAUUAGAUACGCUAGUCUGUAAUGAUGCUGAAUAUGUGGACAAUAUCAUAAUGGGAGACAUCGUGAGAAAAAAUCAAAGUUCGUUAAAAUUUCUUAAACUUUCGGGAGAAUGUCUCACGGAUAUGGAUAUUUCAGCAAACAUGUUUCAGAAACUUCGCUGUUUGGUGAUUUUUGAAACAGUCCUUAAAGGUGAACAGUUUGCAAAAAUUGUAACAAAUUCGAGUAGCCUUGAGAAAGUCCGAUUAUACAAUGUCUGUAUCUCUGGUUUCGAGGACGUCUGGAAUGAAGCAACCUCAAGCGAUACAUUUCCUUUGGUUUCAAGUUUACAGCAUUUAAUGGUGAGCAAUUGCGACAACAUGUUUAGGUCCGUUAGCUUACUUCCUUCACUUAAAUAUUUACAUUUCGAAAGAAGCAGUUCGGAGAUUUUGAAUGACAUACUCUGUAAAAGCACAUGUUUAACGGAAUUAACUAUUCAGGAAGUUGACAUUGGAUCGGACAGAUGCCUAGCAAUCUGGGUUUCGAAACAGCAACAUCUUAAAUUACUGUGCUUACAUGCCGUUGAAGUUAGCCAGUUUCUGUUAUGUGAUUUGCUAGCUGUUGUAGGUCAUCUUCCAAUGGCAGUAAGGGUAAAAUUAGAUGAUGUAGAACAAGAGGAGGGAGAAAACGCGAAAGAUGUUCUUCAUCAUCUGGAUAGUACAAAACUGUAUUCCAAUAGUAUAAUGGCAUUUGACGCAAUUGGAAAUUGCAUCAAAAAUGCAGAUAUGUUAUCCUUUGGUACAAAAGAGUUGGAUGAGUAUCAAUAAGGUGGUGAAUGAUCGCUUAAAGAGAUUUUGAUAAGUUCUAUUAUGUAGAAUAUGUUAAAAACUUCUCAAACAUUCAAACAUUUCUUUAUUACUAUAUAAAGUAUAUAUAUAAAUAAAUUAAGACAUAAAAAUAUUACUUACUCUAGACAACCAAGGAAUGCAGUUAGGGACGACUGGAAUUAGCUUAAAUUCGGCAUACAUGCAUCUGUAGGUAUAAACCUGAAAGGGUCAGAGUAAUGUGGUUUGGUAAAUAUAAUAGUAGUCUCUUAUCGCCGGCUAUAAUAAUGUGUCUCUCUUUAACGAAAUAAGUGUAACUUUAAAAGCAUUAUUAGAAUCAUUUCUGUUUUAAAAACAGUGAAACACAAUUUUACCAGUGGGUCGGCUGAUUCAGAACCAAAUUUAUCACUAAUUUUAAUUUCCUGCCUUGAUUCCACGUCAUUGAUAAGAGAUAAAGUAAAGCAAUAUACAUGUGUAGUUAAAAAGACAUUAUUCAGACUUAACUCUGAAUAUUCCGCAAAUGUGUAGAAAUACCACUGAAAUCGAUUUGUAUGCCAUUUGAUCUCACUGUUGUACUUGUAUGUAUCUUUGUUUAGGAGACAUUAGACUCAUCUUCUUAAUAUGUAACUGUAAAAGUCAUUUCUUUUAAAGGCACUCGCUACAGUUUUUCCGGACGGGUCGAUAUUUACCCCAACUACGUGCCAAUUUGGUUUCGAUGUAGCUCACUGCAGUGUUGGUGCGGUCUUCUGCGCAUGCACGGAAGUGAUUAUCUAAUGUCGCGUACGGCAAAAUAUCGCAAAUUAUUGUAUGUUCGCAUGCAUUUAAUGUACAAAAUAUAUGAUAUACUGACUAAAGGUUAGGGUAAGUAUCACCAUGGUUACAAAAUAUAUACAUUUAAAGUACUUUUAGUUAAAAUUGCUUCAAUCCGACAUAUACUGGUGUCUGUUAGUUAUACCAACGCUCCAACUCUGCAUUGAGUCAAAGCUGUUUCUAAUCCCGUACCGUACCCGUACCGUACAUUCGUAAACUAUAGGUUUUGCUAAAAAAAGGCGGAAACUUUCAUCGUUCUAUGCCAUCAAAAUGCUUCAGAAACACCUUAGAAUCCGAUUAUUACGAAAUCUGCCGUUUGAUAAUUUUAUAUAUACAAUUUCUAAGUCAUUUGCUCAAACACUGAAAGAGUAUUCGUGCCAACCUGCGUUGUAUAAAUGCCCGCCACACCCCACCUCGUUGUAAUUUGAUUUAAGCGAAAUCUAAUAUGGUGACCUAUCAAUUUUCUUUUUGUUUUAGAUUAGGUAGACAUAACCAAAGGUAUGUGCAGAGUUUGAUUAAAUUCUAUUAUGUGAAACUGGAUAAAAUAGCAGAAGUACCAACUGACAACUGACAAAAAUAUGCAAAAAUAUGCAAAAAUAGCCCUUGGGUCUGCUGAACAAGUAUUCCUUUCUUUACAAAAUCAUGUUCUUUUGAUUUCUCUGAGCAUGUUUCAAAUAAAUAUAUUGUUUUCCGUUACAAAAAUGCUUAGAUAAUCAAUUUUAUGCUGAUUAUUGUACUUUACUGAAAUAUAUUUUAGGAUUACAGAAAUUUUGAAAAAUGUUUAAAAUAGCACCAUAUCUAGGGGCAAAUUAAUUUGAAACAAAGCUGGUGACCUAGUAUUUUUAUUUCAUUUUUCAAUACAUCAUAACAUGAUCUUUUAAUACAAAACAUUUCAUCAAAAUCUAUUAUUGAGAAAAAAAUUACGAAACUGUAGCAAGCGUCUUUAAUUUCUAGUUCGGCAAGAUUUGUUUUCAUGAUAAUGAUAUAGCCCGAGUACAAUGACUAAGCCAAUACCUGUUUAGGCAACGAUAGCAAAUAUUUACUGAGCAAUUCAUGUUGUAUCUUGGAUACAGUAUGGAGGUGCCAAAACCGAUAUUUCGGUUAGAUUUGUCUAUGAGGAUAUACCUAUCUAAGUUAAAGGGCCACAAUGGUUAUUCUUUAAAUUGCAACACUUGUAAAAUCAAAGCGCUCAAAGCGCUGAUGGUGGCUGUUAAUCAAUGUUUAAAAUAUUACAAAGAAAGCGACAACUGAGGAAUUGUUAAUAUAAACCAUAAGAACAUUUUUUUGCAUUAUUUUUUAAUAUUCGGUUUUGGUUUCAGAAUUAAUUCUUUUUCACUGCCAGUCAUUGUUUACAUAUACACUGAUUCAGUCUUUAACGAAUAGUUUUGAUCCUUUUUGAUUAUUUGUGAAUUUAUAAAUAAUACAAGCCUUUUCUCCAAAUCAUUCAGCUUUUAAGAUUUCCUUUUUAAAGCUUUUGGGCAGUGUAUGUCAUGAAUUAUUAUACACACUGAUUAAGUCCGUAUCAGAUAGCUGUGGUUUUCAUGAGACUUUUGUGAAAGAAAACAACACAAACAUGCACCACAAAUGCAUCUCAGAAUGUCAGUUCUGCAGUCAGUGUAUUUUAGAGGUGCAUUUAUUAUCACUCCAUCUGUUAUACUCAAAAGUUCGCUAGACAUAACAGCAGGCUUCGCAAAAAUGCUGGACAUUAAGUCCGACAAACUUUAGUCAGACCGAAAAAAAACGUCGAAAAAUAUGUAACUGGCGAAACGAAACCGUUUUAAUUUUUAUACAUAUAUUUGUAUCAAUCCAGAUCUAUUGAGAUGCACCAUCAGAAAACCAAUUUAGUUCGUUUGCGACCAGCAUGGAUCCAGACCAGCCUGUGCAUCCGCGCAGUCUGGUCAGAAUCCAUGCUGUUAGCUUUCAAAGCCUAUUGCAACUAGAGAAACCGUUAGCGAACAACAAGGAUCCUGACCAGAGUGUUUGAUCUGGGUCCAUGCUGGUCACAAAUGCACUAUGUUGUUUUUCUCAUAGUGCGACUCGAAUGAAUUUAGCUGAAGUAAGCAGAAUCUGUCUUGAAACAAUUCAAUUUUUAAGUUGGUCAAAUCUAUUAUCCGACGACUUGCUACAGUUUUCAAAAAGGCGAGUAUUAGUAUCAUCGCUGCGCCCACUUUCACGGGCUUACAAGUUGAGGAAAUCGUGAUACAGUAGCACCAUUUAGUCAAAGCGAGCUUGCAACAUUUGUCAGCUUGGGCGACCUGUGGGUUUCCACGUUGAUAAUUUGUGUUUUGUCAGACGAAAUUAUACCGAAUACAUGUGUAUCUAUGCAUACAUAUAAUAUCUUAUACUGUACAUUUGCUGAAGGAAGAUUAUCCGUGAGGGAAUAUUAUUUAGAAAACAUACAUGUCUUUGAUUCUCACGGCAGGUCACAUUGCAAACAAUAUCGAAUGAAUUUUAACUGAAUGUUCUUUUAUUUUUGUUCAUUCUCGUAUUGCUAAGCAUGUUUUAGUAUAUUUUGUUCUUGAUAUAACGAUGAACUGUACAUGUUCAAAUUAUAUCCAUAAAUUACUGUCCUGUUCAUAAAUCAUCUCACUAAAUUUGCGCUAAUUAGUGUUAAUUGGCAGUAUCAACGCCUGAGGAAAUCCACAUCACUGCUGUUUAUCGAUUUUCUAUAAAUAGCCUAAUUAACAUGUGGUCAUAUUUUUGCGUGCUUGAAACGAAAACAAGACAAUGCAGUCGAAAAUUCAGUAACAUUCUUAGAUCUUUAGGGUUGCAUUAAUAUAAUAUCUUACUAUUUGAUAGCUAUGACGAACAUUUAAGUUUGUUCUGACAUAUUUGAAAAGUGUUACAACUUGCUGGAAAAGCUAUCGGAGAUACAAACUGGUAUUGUCUAUGGACUGGAAAUGUUUGGAAACUUUUCCGUUGAAAUUCCGUUUCUAUUUUUAGCCGCGGAUUAUUGCUAACAUAUCAAAUAAAGCCUUAAAUUUCGGGAGUUAUACCUGUGACACUGCGGUUCGGAAACAUUUUUGAAUUGUCAGUCUGGAUUACCAGGCUAGGUUUCUAUAUAUAUAUAUGCUACCUUUUCAACGUUAUAAGCUACGUGACCUCUGGGGCAGUACUAAUAGCUAAUCAAUAUCAUCGUUCCAGUUCAGGUGACAUGAGGUCAUCGUUUAUUCACGUGACCAUAAAUUUGCAUAUUUGUAUUCAUACACGUGGUUGUUUUAAUUAAAACGUUGACUUCAGUUUGUAUUGAUUUUAGCCGCCGAAUUUACAUUAAAAAUGGUAUUAAGGCAUAUAUUGUAGCUUACAAUUUGCAUAUUAUGCACGUUGUGUAGAUAAUUGUUUACCUGGAAAACUUGGAACUAUUUUUGGUUGUGUUGUCUUUAGAACUGAAAAGAUUUCUCAAACUGAGUAUUUUUUUUGACACUGGUGGCAGCAGCCACCAAAAAUAGUUAUCAAAUUUUUAAUCAAUUGCAACGAUUGGUAAAUUAUUUUUCCAGUGUUUUGGUCUUACAUUGUGUACGACGUGAGAUUUUUAUGACGUAAUAUUAUUACGGCGUCACUUUUUUUUUAUGUCAAUAUGUAUUUUCGGCUCCGCCCUGGAGUCGGUGUGAAAUUUUAUCACUGAUUAUUGAAUCAUGUUUUGACUAAUAAGAAUGACUGCUUAGAAUAUAAAAUCAGUUAUAAUAAUUGAUAUCUAUUUGGUUUGCCUUUUUAUUUGAAAAACAGUGUCUUUGCGUAUGCAAGGGUCCGAGGAUGAGAGAACACUCCAACCCCUACUAAAACCCAGCAGGAAUAUAUUUGUG